AUGAACGUUUUAAGCUCGAUAAUUGGUGUCGAGGCUCAUGGCCAUAAAGAAACCGAAGAUUACGACGCUUAUACGGAAUUUUUGGCCCAUUCUGGAAACCCAAAAUUGCAAGUUAAUCAAGCCCUAUUGAAAGAGUUGAAUGAACUGGAUAAGAGACAUACGGAAGUAAUCAAGACACUUCAAGAUCUGAUUCCGCCUCUUAAACAGUACUACAAUGACCUUAACAUCAAACUUAAGUCAUUGACAUCGGAAUUGAGCUCUAUAAGAAGCAAAUCAUCGGAAUUGAACAAGCUCUUGGUCGAAAAUUCAAGUAAACUGAAAAGUAUCAGUCCGAUAGUCAAUGAUCUCAUAAUAUCGCCUGAAGUCGCUGAACAAAUUAUUGCAGGUCAUAUCUCGAGUCAAUGGCUGGAAAAUGUCGCCUACGUAGAGGAUAAGAAGGAAAUCUAUGUGAAAUAUAAAGCUGCUGACGAAGUUCCAUCGGAUUUUGAAGAACUACGGCAAACUUUGGACAUAUUGCAAACUGUGAUCUUGGAACGCUGUAAAAAGUUUAUCGUGGCUCGCAUUAAAGCCCUCAGAAGUGCAAAUUGUGUCCCGUCGCAGAAAAUUCAAACCCAAUUACUCGAAGUGGCAGAAAUCUUCCAAUUUAUCGUCAAAUACAAUUAUUCACUGGCUUUGGAACUGCGACAGGCUUACGCAUAUACAAUGCAAUGGUACUACAAGAAUUACUUUGGACGUUACAUUAGAUCUUUGACCAUUUUGCAAUACGUCCCCAUUGACUCUCACUAUGCGUUAGGCCAGGGACUCAGCAAGACACCUGUAAACGGACGUGAUUCCCUCGGUAUCACUGGUUUCUUCAGCAAAAAUCAACCCAAGUCACCGUUUGGUUCUACUGCGGCCACUAACGACACCGUAAAUGAAUAUUUCCAAGUCGAUAAGCGAAUAUCCAUUUUGACGCAAGAGGACAACACGGUCAUGGUUUCACAAAUUGCAGAAAAUAACCAUGUCGCGAAUUUCUUGGAGAAGGGCUUCAAAAACUUGAGUCUAGCUAUACUGGAUAAUUGUGCCGUCGAGUUCAUGUUCCUGAACGAUUUCUUUCGAGUGAAUAAUAACGUAGAGGACUUGCGAGGUAUACUGGAACAGGUUUUCAAACCCACAUUCGAACAGGCGAAUCAUUUCACCAAACAAUUGAUAUCUUCAACGUUCGAUAUCUUUGGAGUAUUGAUUUGCAUUCGCAUUGCACAUCAUUUACAAUUCGAAUCUCAAAGACGGCGUGUCCCGGUUAUUGAUGAUUUUCUGGGUGAACAACUCAUCAUAUUAUGGCCCAAAUUUCAACAAUUGGUAGAUUUCCAAUGCGAAAGUUUACGGAACAUGCCAAUUUUUGUUGGCGCUGUGGGGACCUCUGCACUUCCACAUGAACUCACGGUUCAGUUCGCCAAAUUUUUGACCAGUAUAUUGACACUUUCAUUGCGUCAUCAAGAAUCCAUUGACGAAAGGUCAGAACCACUCUACAACUCCAUCAUAAGAAUCAGAAACGACUUUGAGACCGUUAUGACCAAAUGCAGCAAGAAAGCAGCUCAACCUGAGAAAUUUUUGGCUGUCAAUUAUACCUAUUUGCUUAAUGCGCUUCAACAACAGCAUAUUAGCAUGGAAAAUGGUGGAGAUGCCUCGGGGCACUCAAUCAUAUUUGAGGAGACUAAGACGCAUUUCAACACGUUGGUGGAAGCAUUCAGUAAGGCUACUUGA